AAUUAUCAGUUCUAUGCUCAUUCUCAAAUUGUAGAUUUUCGAAUAAUUUAGAAUUCGAAGUAAACUUAAAAUAUAAAAUUUGACCUCGACUAAUAAAAAUAUAUCCAUAUUAUUAGUUUUUGUCAAUUUCCCAUAAACAUUAUCAUUUUUAAAAAUGGACGAGAAACCAGACAUCAGAAGGAACAGACACGGAACAGAAGAUUCCCGGCGAAGAUCGAGGUCGAGAUCUCCACAUGACCGACCCAAGGAUUCCAAAGAGGGAAUCCUUAAAGAGGAGAAGAAAAUGGAUAACAUCGGUCUAGGAGCCAAAAACAGGCUGAAAAGCUUAGGAAUUCAAAUGAAAUUAGGAGCUAAUAAGGCUAAAGAAAUGAAUAAACCUAAGUUGUCAGUUGCUGCAGUUUUCAAUGCAGAUGAGGAUAGUGAACCUGAAGAAAUGCCACCAGAAGCCAAGAUGCGGAUGAGAAACAUAGGAAGAGAUACUCCUACUUCAUCGGGACCUAAUUCAUUUGGUAAAACUAAGCACGGAUUUUCCGAUACCAAGAAGGUUUUUGAGAAGGAUUUGAAGAAGAGCAUGGACUCUUUAAAAUAAUUUUAGUUUAUUACAAUGUUGCAAUACCUCAUCAAGUCUGUUGGCACAAUUGUUUGUUAUUCAAGAAUAAGGACAUGCCUAAGUGUAAUUGAUUAUCAGUUAUAAAAAGAUUCUAAUAUUUAUUUAAACUGUUGUUUUUCAAGACUCCUCUGUUCGUAAUAGAGUACAAACAGGAUCCGAUCAAGGAUUAUAAAAGUAUUAAAUUAUAUAUUCAGAA